GUCGUAGACGGCAAGUAGACUUGAACAGUUGUGCUUUUUGUAUGAAGCAUAUCCUUUCAUAUUUCAAAGACAUACCCUCCCAGUGGUAGAAAUUUUAAUCUCUUGGCUGAGGUGCAAGAAUUCUGGUCCUGGUGAUCAAAAUUGUGGAUUUUUCAGCAAGUUUUGGUAUUGUUGGAGUUGUUGAUGGGUGUGUUUGUGGUGAAUUUUUGGGAAAAAUGACAAAAAUUCAGUGUAAAAAGUGAUUUUGAUGGUUGUAGAAAAUUAAGACCUUCCUUCGGUACGGGGUGACUUACAAAGUCGAGCUUUUUUUUCUGUUCUUUGCAUUAACUUUGUGCCACAGGGUACACCCAAAAUGAGGCUUUUUCGCCCAAAGAACUAUUGUCUGCGGUGCUGGAAAAGAUUUAUAUUUGGUUAGGAGGAGUGUGUUCGUUAUGUAAAAAAAUAGGAAAUUCCAUGAAAAGUACAAUCCCGUAUAUAAAGUUGAUUAUGUGAUGCGAAGAUGCGCUAAGAACAAGAAAUUACGGUAUUUGAUACUUCUUGACUUGUCGGAAAUUGAAUUAGGAAUUGAGGACGGGAAAAAGGAGAAAAUCAUUCCUCAAUAGUUGGAGGCAGUGUAAUACAUUUGCUCAUGCUGAGGAGCAAAUAAAUUGAUUGAAAAUUGUCAAGUGUGGGUGGAAAAUCAUCCAGCGACACGUUGAAGAUAUAUAAGAAGGGACAAGUGCACACAGGGUAAGGACAUGAAGGUCAAAAGUGAAAUGUUGCAUCUUUAAGGUGAUAUAAACUUGUGUGUUUAUAAGUGAAAUUGGCAUCAAAAUUGUCACCGAAGAAAGCAACACAGGGUAGAUUUUUCUGGGAAAAAUAAUCAUUAUGGAUCAACCCAGGAUAUGGACAAACCACCGACAACAAUACAGGGAUAUAUGAUCAAAUUGAAAGUGGACCGUGGCAGACAGACACAUGGAUUCGUUCACGACACAACUGGCAACGAUUGCCUCCAUCGACAGCUUCAACGUCACUUCAGGUCCCGCAGGUGCAAUGGGGGACCUAAGAGUGACAAACACUUCCGAAGAACCCGAUAGUAUAGUUGAUGCCCUGCCUCAACUAAACAUGUACAAAGUGGUGAUUUUGUCGAUUGUGGGCUCGAUACUAAGCAUCCUCACUGUGGCGGGAAACGUGAUGGUGAUGAUCAGCUUCAAGAUCGACAAGCAACUGCAGACCAUUAGCAACUACUUUUUGUUUUCGCUCGCAAUCGCCGAUUUCGCCAUCGGUCUCAUCUCCAUGCCACUCUUCACUGUCUCAACACUGCUCGGAUAUUGGCCACUUGGGCCCUACAUCUGCGACACGUGGUUAGCGCUAGACUACCUCGCAUCGAAUGCCUCUGUGCUAAACCUCCUCAUCAUCAGCUUCGAUCGCUACUUUAGCGUAACGCGACCACUCACAUAUCGGGCGAAGCGCACGACAACACGAGCUGCAAUCAUGAUUGGCGCAGCAUGGGGCAUCAGCUUGCUGCUGUGGCCACCGUGGAUCUACAGUUGGCCAUAUAUCGAGGGAAAGCGAACAGUGCCCCAGAACGAGUGCUACAUCCAAUUCAUCGAAACCAAUCACUACAUCACCUUCGGCACCGCCAUCGCUGCCUUCUAUGUGCCUGUGACAGUCAUGUGUUUCCUGUACUACCGCAUCUGGCGAGAGACGAAGAAACGACAAAAGGACUUGCCUAACCUACAAGCUGGCAAGAAGGACUCCUCGAAGAGAUCCAACUCCAGUGAUGAAAACACAGCCGUAAAUCAUUCAGGAGGCAUGGCUGCGGCACAGAUGGCAACUACGGAGACAGAAGGCUGGCGAAGGCCACGAUCGGAAUCUUCGGCAGACGCUGAAAGUGUUUACAUGACGAAUGCCGUAAUUUCGGACUCGGCAUAUACACAUGGCGUCCUUUCGAGGCGCUCAAGUACGGCUACGAGUGCAGUUCCUACCAAGCCAGCAACUUUUAUGGGCAGCAUAAAAGAAUGGUGCAUUGCGUGGUGGCAUUCGGGUCGAGAAGACUCGGAAGACUAUGGAUACGAGGCUGAGGAUCCAUCAGAUUUAGGGUAUGCAACACCUGUAUCCAUAGAAACUCCUUUACAAAGCUCCGUUUCCAGGUGCACGUCUCUGAAUGUCAUCCGAGACCCUUAUGCACCCGCCAGACCAGGCCUCGUGGCCGUUAUUCCGGACGUUUCGCCAACGCCUCUACGAUCGUCAAUGGCGCCAAUGUCACAAUUGCAGGAACUUCAGGGUGCACGUGAUUCCCGAUCCCUGCCUACACCCAAUCGCCUCGGGUCACGGUCCGUGAGCCAAGACAGUGUGUAUACUAUUCUCAUUCGACUGCCGCCAGACGGUGGUCAGGGCGACGAGAAAGCGCCCUCCAUCAAGAUGAUUCAGGACGAUGUGCCCUUGCCGCUGGUCGGUGGGCCACCUAGGCGUCCACUGCCGUCACGUGACUCAGAAUACAGCCUACCGCUUGGCCGGCGGGCGAGUCAUGCAACAGACGUGCGUAUACCCCUGAAUGCAAAGAUAAUCCCGAAGAAUUUGACAGCCGUGAAACCCCCGGCAGCACCACGAGUGGCGAAGAAAAAGAAAAAGUCCCAAGAGAAGCGUCAGGAGACGAAGGCUGCUAAAACACUGAGUGCCAUCUUGCUCAGUUUCAUCAUUACAUGGACACCCUACAACAUUUUGGUGCUGCUAAAACCGCUAACAGCGUGCACAAAGUGCAUCCCACAGGAACUAUGGGAUUUCUUCUAUGCCCUCUGCUAUAUCAAUUCCACCAUUAAUCCCGUUUGCUAUGCCCUAUGCAAUGCAUCAUUUCGUCGUACCUACGUUCGGAUCCUAACGUGCAAAUGGCACACACGCAAUCGCGAAGCUAUGACUCGUGGUGUCUACAACUGAGGCCGCCCGCCGCUGGGCCUCCUGGCGGCGGCGGCGCCAGCGCAAGGUGGUGGCCUCGCGUCCAAAUAAAUACGCAGCCAUUGCAACCUCAUACGACUUACAUAUGCCGCACAAAUGCACCGUAGACUCUCCACCAGAAGCAUCACGAUGGCACUUUUGCUAACUCUGGCUUCCCUGUUGUAUCAUCGGCGACUUUCGGUAAAUAUUACAAAAGCAAUCCUUUACAAUGGAAUUUUGUUUAUUAACCUAACCAAUAUUUUAGCAAACAUAAUUCUCCCUUUAAAUUUAAAAUAUUCUUUUUAAAAUAGUUUUGCUGAAUCUUUACUGAAAAUGUUUUAAUCUUCUAUUUAAUUUUUAUAUGGAGGUUUCUGUUCUCCUUCCAAAAAAGCUCCACCUAUACGUAACAUUAGGUCACGCCCUUUUUCGUCAUGAAAUUCGAAAACAAACAUUAGCGCAAAGUAAUUACAAAGUAAAUUCCGUUUAUUUUUGACGAUAUGAAAUAACGAGGAAAUCUCAAUAUGCUAAAUUAACAUUCCACAUAACCCUACUUUACGGCGUUAUCACACUUGCACAUUAAAAUUUUAAUGUGAUUCACAUUAAUAGUCGCUUGCGAGCAUCCAAAUAUGUUAUUUGUGUCUUUGAGUCACUUAAUAUUUGGGGUUUUUCUAUUUAUUGAUAAAGAAGUGGACUUGGCCUGCAAAAAUAAUUUUAAAUUUACCUAAAGCAUAAAUAUUUUUCACAUUAAAAAAUUAAAGAGAAAAUCACAUUAAUUUUUCGCAUCAAUGCUAUAAAUCAAUUUAUAUCAAAUUUUGCGGGCCAAGUCUACCUUUUUAUCAACAAAUAGAUCAAAUUUUGAAUAUAACAUGAUUCAAACACACUAAUUACACAUUUGGACUCUCACCAGCGACAAUUAAUGCGAAUCAUAUUAAAAUUUUAAUGUGCAAGUGUGAUAACACAGUUACUCUACUUCGGACUAAUGAAUGAUCAUACCAUACCGUUUUUUGAGGUUAUAACAAAUUUCACAUAUUUUUUUUUAAUUUAUACUAAAAUUGUAUUAAAAAAAAAACAUAAUUCUAUGAAUUCCUGGAUAAACUCAAAAAUAUUUAGUUAAAUUUUUUAACAGUGAAUCAUAAUUAAGGGGUAUAGCAAUAUUGAUUUCAUGGAAUUUUUCUAAACUAAUGCUUAUUAUCGAAUCAGGUAAAACUCAACUUUGUCUCAGUACAUCGAUUGCAUCUGGGAAAGAGUCUGAAAACUUCUGUCUAUUAAAAGUAAUUUUGCAUCCUUCACUAAACUUGAAAACAAGAAAAAUUUAAAUUUUGAUUUAUUUUUCGAAAUUUAAAUUUAUUUCCAAUAUUUUUCCCAAAAUACGACAUCGCUUAGGAAUUCCAGGAAUACUUUGUGAUGCCACUAAAAAGUUGGAAAAUUGAAUUCCGACAUAAUAUAACCUAGGAAACAUUAUGUUCCUUAAGUCGGAGUACCGCAAACCAGAAAGACUUAUGUCAAUAAAAAUUCAAUUUGUUCCCGUUUUGGAGAUAGUGGGUGUCAAUAGUUUGUUGCCUGCUUGUUUGAGAAAUCAUGUGAAAAAAUUAUAGAAAAAAAAUACUUUUUCAUAUUUUUCUUUUUGCAGAUGAGUUCCCUGUAAUCCGUAGAUAUUAUUUAUAUUUUUCAAAAAAAAAUUAUUUUAUAUCAAAAAUAAUUGUUUUCCAAAAGUUAGUCAUUUUUGAAAAAUCAAAAGUUUGUUGCCUCAUUUAAAAAACUAAUUCAAAAUGGUCAAAACAUGCAACCAACUUAAUGUAAACCGGUUACAUUUUGAUUUUAUGUCAUUUGAAGAUUUUUAAAGUUGUCACUUUAAAAAUCUUUAGUAAAUUUCGCGUAGAUUUCGAAGUUUUAAUGAGCAACUCAAUCCAAAAUUCAAAUUUGGUAAAUCCAAAUAUGGCAGUAUCAUAAGGUCUCUCUCAAAAUUAUAAUGUUACAAAAAUGGUCAUUCUAGAGAGUAAUUGGUGACGGGUCUUAAAAAAUAUGACCUAAUGUUACAUAUUUAUGGAGCUUUCUUAAAAGACUAAAUUGUCAUAAAAGACCUAAUUCUGAGAUAAGUUUUAAUCCAUUGCCAUAUCUUUUAAAUCGAUGAAAUUUUAUCUAAUCGAAAUUUUUAACCCUUUCUUACUAAAACGUACUGUAUAUUUUGUUCCACUUUAUGCUAUUGGUCACGUAAUGACAUAUGAUCAAUAAUACAAGAUCAAUUUCCCGGUUUUAUAGAUAUGACAGUGACUUUAGGUUUUGAAAUGUCAAAAUGUUCUUAUUUAAAAGUGUCAAAUUCGUUUAGUCUAAUUUUGAAAAUUUUGAGUUUCGUUAAUGAAAUAUAAAGCGUUUAUAUUCUUCAUCAUUAAAUUGGAAAAAUUGAGAUUAAUGCCUCCGGUACAAGAUUUAGAAAAUUUCAUAAAGUCAAAAUUUGCAUCUCUUUCUUUCAACAAACAUUUUGCAUAUGUCUGUCCUGUUCUUGGAAACGCUAAUUUAAUUAAGCUAAAUUGAUUUUUUGUGAUAUUUAGAAGAAGAAGAAGAGUGCAGAAGAAAAGGAUAGAUAUAUGCAAAAUAUUUGAGAAUGAAAUGUGAAUUUUGAUUUCAUGAAAUUUAUCUGAUCUCUUAAGAGGUGUGUCACAGUUGAAUAUAAUAAACUUUUCAUAUCUCAGGAUUCCAGGCAUGUUCUAGCAAAGUAAUAAAGUUUCAUCUUAUUCAGUUAAUACGAACUAAAUAUUUUACACUUAAUAUUUCCCUUUAAUAUACAUAAAUAAACAAGAAACAUGCAUAAUAAAAAAAUCAUCCAUUUCAUAAUAUCUUUACUGAGAGUUAAAAACAAAUAAAAUGCGUGCAGCGAAUUGAGUCAUUUCUUUUUUAGCACAACAAAAUAUCGGCCUCAUUGCUAUAUAUACAGUAUUUUUAAAUAAAAAAAAAAGGGAAUAUGGUAACAGUGAGAUGGUGAGAUAAAUCGAUAAAAAAGACUUCAAAGAGAUGCUAAAUAAUUACUGAAAACAGAUGCAGAGAAAAAAACCCUUCGGGAUAUUUAGGGAAUAAUGAAUUAAUCCAUAAAGAUGAGUGAGCUUCCAAGGUGAAGCGAAUUAUAUCUAAAUAUGUUGUUAUAUAGAAUACCCACGUCCCAUUUACAACCCCUCUUGCAAAAGAAAUAAAUUUAGGGGAUUUUUUUUUCCAAGAAGAGUUGACACUUUUGCGAAAUAAAGCAAGAGAUGGUAUAUAUAUUUUGUAAUGACAUUGCGGAAUUAAUUAGAAAAUUGUCCCACCUUAUCCGUUAUAUAUUUUAAAUGAAUGUCAAUACCCAGCGAGCACCAAAUGCUAACCGAUUGCAAUUCAGCUGAAAACAUAUGUAUUUUCAGCUGAAUUCUGCUAACCUUGAAAGAAAAUAGGCGAUUCAGUGCCAUUUCCAUAUAUUUGGUUAGCACUUUUUGUUCGACAACUGCUGAUCAGUCAGCAAAUUUUUGCUAGUCGAUUCAGCAAAAAUAUGCUGAAAACGCUACUUUUUUCAGCUAAGUGUGCUCGCUGGGUAGUGCCAAAAGUCAAAAUUGUACAACUGUUACUUUCAAUUUGUUUCUACGUUUCUACAAGUUUUCUUUUCCACAAAUGUUAAGGAAAACAUUAAUUUUGCCUAAAUUUUGAGAUUGAGACAAAGAUCAAGGUUAAAAAAUCAAUACUAUGGUAAUCUGUAGUUGGGAAAUCAAGAUCGAAAUGUCAAAUCUGUCAAAUGUUUUGAAUUAUUGAUAUCCAAGACACUAACCACGGAUUAUUCAAGUUUAAUGAUUUCAAAACGUCAAACUUCUUGUUAUUUCUGAAAUGCUGUCAAAAUUCGAUAAAGGCCUCUAUUUCUUGUCAGUUUUUACAGAAUUUUGACACUUCCUCCUACAGUACUGCGCAGGCAAUUUCCUUCAAAAAGCAAUUUUUCACGAAAAUUUCUCUCAAUGUGUAGAGACCUUACAGGAAAUUGUCAAAAAUUGUAGCGUUUCAAAUUUUAUAAUUAAUCGUAAUACAAAACCAGAGAUAUUGUGUACUACCAAAGGACGGACGGCCGGUCGGACCCGUAAUUGUCGACUUGUUAUUUUUGGCAUCAGGGAUAUUACACAUAUAAGAUUAAUAUUAAGAUUAAUAUUUUCUGAACUGCGAGAAUUGCAAACAAAGAUAGCAAGUGUUUCAUCAUGCCUUUCUCUCGCGUUUCGCGCGAAAACUGAUCGAAUCACAGUUGGCACUCAUGGAAAAUUGCUAGAAUUGCUUGUAAUACGAUUCAGAGAACAAUUAAUACGUUUCAGAAAACAAUUAAUACGAACAGUAAAAUCUUAUUCAUCGUGUUACUCCACUAGAGUGCACUCUUUCUAGCCCACGUAUUUUUCCAUUUGAAAUUUUGCAUUCUAUACACCUCUCUUUCUGUUUUUUCUUACUCUUAGUAUUAAUCUUAAUGUGACUCCACGGUGAUGACCAUGUCACAUAUAAGAUUAAUAUUAAGAUUAAUGCUUUCUGAACUGUGAGAAUGGCGAAAAAAGAUAUCAAGUGUUUUAUCCUGCCUCUAUCUCGCGUUACGCUCGAAAACUGACCGAAUCACAGUUGGCACGCAUGGAAAAUUGCUCGAAUUGCUUGUAAUAGGAUUCAGAAAGCAAUUAAUACGAACAGUAAUAUCUCACUCAUCGUAUUACUCCACUAGAGUGUACUCUUUCUAACACACGUUAUUUUCCAUUUGAAAUUUCGGAAACUAUAUACCUCUCUUUCCGGUUUUUCUUAAUAUUAAUAUUAAUCUUAUAUAUGACACCACGGUGAGCACUUUGAUGACCAUGUCAAAUAUAAGAUUAAUAUUAAGAUUAAUACUUUCUGAACUGCGAGAAUGGCGAAAAAAGAUAGCAAGUGUUUAAUCAUGCCUCCCUCUUGCGUUUCGCUCGAAAACUGACCGAAUUACAGUUAGCACCCAUGGAAAAUUGCUCGAAUUGCCUGUAAUACGAUUCAGAAAAUAAUUAAUACGAACAGUAAUAUCUUAUUCAUCGUCUUACUCCACUAGAGUGUACUCUUUCUAGCCUACGUAUUUUUCCAUUUGAAAUUUUGCAUUCUAUACACCUCUCUUUCUAUUUUUUCUUACGCUUAGUAUUAAUCUUAAUGUGACUCCACAUUAAGAUUAAUAUUAAGAUUAACAGUUUCUGAACUGCGAGAAUGUUAAAAAAAGGAUAGCAAGUGUUUUAUCUUGCCUCUCUCUCGCGUUACGCUCGAAAACUGACCGAAUCACAGUUGGCACAUAUGGAAAAUUGCUCGAACUGUCUGUAAUACGAUUCAGAAAAGAAUUAAUACGAACAGUAAAAUUUUACUCAUCGUAUUACUCCAUUAGAGUGCACUCUUUCUAACACACUUUAUUUUCCAUUUGAAAUUUUGCAUACUAUAUACUUCUCUUUCCGGCUUUUCUUAAUAUUAAUAUUAAUCUUAUAUGUGACACCACGGUCAGCUCGACCUGAGCACUUUGAGAAAAUCAGAGGAUUACAAUAGGUGUAAUUUAGAAAGAAUCACACCUAAUACAAAUCAUUAUGACUCUUAGUUUUAUUAUAUUUUAAAAUUUCUGGAAGAUAAUGCAAUUUUGUUAAUAUAUUUCGGAAAAUUUGAAUAAAUUUUCCUGAGUAAUUUUUUCCUCAAAAGUACAUUUUGUUAAGUAUGGACAAUGCGCAGUUCUUCUUUUUUUAACAGAUUUCGGUCUUGAUCUUGCUUUGUUCUUAAUCUUAAAAUAAAGGUAAUGAUAAAGUGGAAUUCCAUGUUAGUUUAAUGAAUCUCUACAAUUCCUUAAAAUCUUCAAAAUUAUUUUAGUAAAAAAUCUUUAAAAAUGAUCUGAUUUUUUCGUAUUUCUCGAAAAAAAAAUAUAUGAAAGUAAAACAACUCAAUAAUGUAAAUGAAAUUUAGAUUUUGUAUAUUAUUAAUAAUUUUAUACGUUUAAGUAUAUACAUUUAAUCUGGUAAGAAAUAAAUUAAUUGAAAAAACAUGUAAGAAAUCUUGCAUUAUUUUUGUAUGCAAGAAUGAAGGAUUUGGCAUUAAAAAGUGACUAAAGGAAUUUUGGAAAUUAGUAUAAAAAAAAAUUAAAACCAUAAAAUAAAAUAAGAAUAAAAAGAUGGCAAUGAUAGAGUUAUUGAAACCCAAAACAAAUACUUUGACCCUAAAUUUUGAACUUUGAUUGAAAGGAGAUGUUUGAUGUGUAAUUUGAAAAUCUGAAAAUCAAAAGGAAAAUGACCAUCAAGUGUAAUUUGUGUGUGAAAAAGGUGGAAAGAUGUGAGUUAAAGUAAUAAUGAAUAUUAGUAUGAUAAAAAAAUUCACUUUAAAUGGCAUUUGCAUUAUCAUCGAAAAAACACUUCACAUGGAAAAAUCACGAGAAAAAUUUGAGAAAUUCUUCUUUCUAAAGCACAAUUAAAGCAUUAUCCACAUGAAAUUAAAUAAUUACAUGUCGUAAAAUAUUUUAUUUUCCCUACGCUUUGUGAUUGGCUUAAUGCUUGGAAAGCUUUGCAUGCUUCCAAGCUCCAGCCAAUCAGAGAACGCGAUCAGAAUAAAAUAUUUUAUAGCAUUGAAAUAUUUAAUUAUACAUUUGGAAAAUGCUUAAAUAAAAAAUAAUAUUUCUUUCGUAUCUGGUAUUCUUCUUGCUUUUUCAAACAUUGAUAAAACUUGCAAUUCAUUUUCUAAAACAUGUUACAAGAAAAAAGGAAAUGUAUAAAAAAUAGUUCACGAUCUAAAGAAAUCACAUAUUAAUUUAGGCUGUGUGUUAGAUUUAUUACAUAAAAAAAAAAAAAAUAUAUACAAAAAAAACAGAAAAAUUUAUGAAGGGGCAGUCAAAAGAAAGGAAUUUAUACAAAUCAAAGAUUUAUGAACAAGUUAAGCAAAUACUAACCAUAGAACCAAAUGCAAUUUAAACUGUUGAUCAGCUAAAAAAAGUCUCCAUUAUUCUGUUAAGUGUUAAGGGUAAGUUUUCAACGAUAUCUUUCAGUCUUUUCAAAUUUAUAAAACAAUAACCUUUUUUAAUCCAUCGAAUAUCAAAUGCAUAAACAUUGCAAAAGUUUUGGCUUUUGGUGUUUACUGGGAAUUUUUAUUGUUGCUGGUGCAUCUUUUCGAUUUAGUAGUCUAUUUAAUCGACAAAUAAUUUUGCUGGCAGCAAAAGAAAGCUACAGUUAAUACAAAUUCCGUUUACAUUGGCAUAUAGCCUACAAUUGCUGCUGAAUUCAAGUUCACUCUCCUCGAUUUAUUUGUAUUUUUUCUAAAUCAAAAUUAAAUUAGGGUAAGUGUGCCAAAUUUCGGCAUAGUUGCAUGCAAGUGGCAA